CCUCUGGAUUGGCUCCUUGGCUCUAGCUACCUGCUAUAGAGCAGUGACCUCGUAGCACCACCACCAGCGACGGCGAGAGGGCGGCUGCAGUUGGACCGCCGGCGAGGGAGCUGCCACCAUCAUGCAAGGGGACCAUGCGGAGAAGAGGGGGAAGGUGAAGAAGGGGUGGCUGGCGGUGCGGGUCGGCCAGGCGGAGCAGCAGGGCGACGGGUUCCGGCGGUUCGUCAUCCCCAUCGCCUACCUCUACCACCCGCUCUUCGAGCGGCUUCUGGAGGCGGCGCGGGACACGUACGGCUACGACUCGGCCGGCCCGCUCCGGCUGCCCUGCUCCGUCGACGAGUUCCUCCGCCUGCGCGCGCUCGUCGACAGGGAGAUGGCGCACUCGCACUCCUCGUCGCAUCGCGUGCACGCCGGCGGCCACCAGCAGCACGGCUACUCCUUCGCCCCGUGCACCCGCGCCAAAGUCACCUCCUGAUCGACCCUUAUCCAUCAUCGAGCCCCGGCCCGCCGGCUUUCGUGUGUUGAACAGAGCAACGAGAGCGCGCGAGCGGCGGGAGUUCAUCUUUCUGCCGGAGACGACACACAUGUACACGUAGUACAUAGAGAGGGAGAGAGAUUCCAGAUACAGAGACGCGUGAGAGGCAGCAGUUGGUGAUUAGUCAGUUACCGACCGGUGAGAGCUGGCAUAGCACAGGCCAAGAUUGGAUUGGCCAUUUUUGUGUUGAUUGGUAUCAGGUGGUCGUCUGAUGAAACCAGUAGGCUUUUCGAUUUUAUUUUUCCAUAGGAUUAACAUGAUUUAUGCUGUCAACCAAGACAAGAGCAAGGGGAAGUUAACUAGUGAGCUUACAAGCCUGGCGUGUUUGUCAGAUGUUUAAGUUAUGUGUUGGGAUCCAGAUGUUUUGGUCAGAGACAGGUGCUUUCCGCUUGCCGUCCAGAUUUGUAACUUUACUUUGGUCAUCUGUGCUGGGUGGUGUUGCAAGCUACAGUGGCAAUGCAAAGAAAUAUUUGUUCA